GCAGAGAAUCUGCCUCCCUCUACACUCUUCUCCCUCUUUCUUAUUCCUUCCUCUGCAAAUCUUUCAUCUUGUAAAUUGGGGAAUUAGUUGUGGCUGAAGGAUCAUGCAGUAAGCAGUUAUGGAUACAAGUACAGCACUUGAAGCCUCAUCUUCAUCUUCACCGUCCUCCUCCUCCACCACCACCACCUCCUCCUCCUCACCCUAUGACGUAUUCUUGAGCUUUAGUGGCGAAGACACACGCAAAACCUUCACGGACCACCUCUACUGGACAAUGAAAGACGCCGGCAUUGACUUCUUUAUGGAGGAGAACGAAUCAAUAAGAAGAGGGGAAAAUAUAUCAGACAAAGUGAAGCAAAUAAUCGAAGGGUCUAGGGUUUCGGUCAUCGUCUUCUCAAGUAGGUAUGCGGAUUCCAUCUGGUGUCUUGAGGAGCUGGUGCAGAUCAUGGAGUGCAGAAGAACACUGAAGCAAAUGGUUCUGCCCAUAUUCUACGAUCUUAGUCCUUCAGAUGGUAUAGGUACUUUUGUACAAGCAUUUCAGAAGCAUAGAGAGCGCUUCCAUGAAGAUACAGAUAUACAAGAAAAGAUAUGGCGGUGGACGGAUGCUCUUACUGAAGCUGCAGGUUUGACAGUCUGGGUUUUCGAAACGACUAAUGGGUAUGAAGGAAUGUUUAUAAGGGAAAUCAUUGAUGAGAUCACCAGGCAACUCAAGAGCCCGACUCCAGUUGGAAUAGCAUUUUCCGAGCUUCAAAGAUUACGUUCUCCCAAGCUCGAAGAUAUCGAUUCUACCGAGCACACAGAUACAGCUUCUUCCGGGUCUAGCGCGAAAUCUUCCCUCUCCAUGUCGCCGUUGAAAAAGAGGUGUCACGAGCCCGACCACUCUGACAGUACGUCGAGCAAGUUUCCAAAGAGAAGGUACGCACAUGGCAUUCGUGUCGUGUUUCUUGUGUUCGUGUCGUACCCGAUAUUUUAAUGGAUCGUGUCGUGU